UCCCCCAAACCCUGGCCUGCCCACCCCACAGAACACUCCAGCAAAAAGAUCAGCAGAUCAUAACGCUGCUGAGGAGGAAGGAGAAGAUUUUCCGAGACAUGACUGACUGCAGCAGGCAUGAGACAUAGGGAGCCAGAACUUUGUUCCGGUCCAAUACUGAAGAGGCUCCCAAGGGACAAAGUGUGAUGAAGAGCGUGAUAAAUGAAGUUGAGCUAUUACAGGGGCUUGUGAGCAGGAGCCUAGGAAGUACCCUUGGGCCACAGAUCAGCAACCUCUCCUCAGAGCAGGAGACUGUGGGGCCCAUCUCCCUCCCCAGAAGGGCAGAGACAUUUGGAGGAUUUGACAGUCACCAAAUGAAUGUAUGCAAAGGUGGGGAGAAGGAUGAAGGAGAUGAUGUGCAGGAUCUUCGGAGGACAGAGUCAGACAGUGUCUUGAAGAAGGGAGGAACAGCUAACUUGAUGUUUGUGCUGAAAAGGAACAAUGAGCAAGUUCUCCAGAGCAUAACACAACUCCACAGCUUGCUGGGUACUUUGCAGGCUGUCGUGGUGCAGCAGGACACUUACAUUGAGGACCAGAAGCUGCUUCUGACAGAGAGGGCUCUGAGCCGCAGCUCUUUCCGGCCCAACUCAUUGAUUGAACAGGAGAAGCAACGGAGCAUGGAGAAGCAGAGGCAGGAGCUGGCCAACCUCCAGAAGCAGCAGGCCCAGCACCAGGAAGAGAAACGGAGGAGGGAGAGGGAAUGGGAGGCCCGGGAGAAAGAAUUGGUGGAACGGGAAGCCCAGCUGGCCCAGCGGGAAGAGCAGGUCCAGAAAGGACACCAUAACUUGGAGAAGGAGAGGGAAGAGCUACAGCAAAAGAAAGCUGCCUACCAACUUGACUUGGAGCACCUUCGGGCUGCCCAGAAGCAGCUAGAGAAGGAGAAGGAGCAACUGAAGAGAGAUAUGGAGUACCUCUCCCAACCACAGUCAGAACCCAGUCUCAAUCUGUUUUCCAACCAGCAUGCCAAGAUGGGCAGGACCCCUUCUGGGCUUGCAGCUGAAGACUCCUCUUGCAGACUACUAGGCUCUUCUCUGACCAAACAUGGUCAGUUGGACACAGAGCUCUCUGUGUCACCCAAAAGAAACAGCUUUUCAAGGACACACAAAGAGAAAACUGCUUUCCACUCAAUGGGCACCACCACAUCAAGCCAAACCAACAAACCAGCUGAGGGACAUUGUCAGAUGCCCAACCGCCUCUUUGGCUUGGCCAAGCCAAAGGAGAAGAAGGAAAAGAAGAAGAAAGGCAAAGGGCACCGCUCACAGCAAUCCGAUACUCACUCUCCAGAAGCAGCCCCAGAAGGUGAGGAGAUCUUCUGCUGACCCCACUUGCAAGGAUGAAGCCAUCUCUUGUUCUAUCUUGCCAAGUGUAUGCAGUGUGGGAGCCAACACACUGGUGACUCUUCCCCCUCUACAUUGAAUAGCGUUGGCUUUCCUUACAGCAGAAGCCCAUCUGUGCAUCUGCAUUUGCAGCCUGUGCUUAACUGCAGGACCUCUGUUUCUUGAAGAUGUUACUUUUUAAAAGGUGUCUUAAAAGCUCAGUGUAGAGGGAGGAUUGCCUUCUGGGUGAAACUUUGGAUGUGACCAGACUGGGCCGGCUCAGUUUUGGUUGCUUAUGUACUAAAAAAAGUCCAUUCUUUGUACAUUGCUGGCUACCAACUUCCACAGACAGACACUCCUUCAGUUUUCUUUCCUCUCCCAAUAUGUAUGUUGGGGUGGAUGGGACAGGUGAAGAUAUCCCAGGGCAGCCUAGCUAAUAUUCUUAUGGAGAACAACACCAAAAACCAAAAGCCCUCGAUAGCAAAUGGAUGUGGCUCUUUUUGCAGUGUUUGGUCACUAGUAUGUAGAGAGAUACUGUAUAUAUUCGUACAUAUAAAAAUAUACAUAUAUAAAUAAAAGUAGCUGUGUAUCCAUUUGGAUAUGCACUAAUUCUGUACAGAAAAGCUGGGAGGGCUAAAGGGUUAGUUGAUAUCUAUUAAAUUGUCCAAGGACUGUGUCAAUAACUAAAUAUCAUUUUUAUUUUUUGAUCCGCCAAUGCUUUUGCCACCAGUACCCCUUUUGUAUAUGUUUGUGUUUGGGGAAUGAAUUAAAGGCCAUCUAAUGGCAAGACCUUUGCAAGAGUGGGGUCUGGCUAGAGAACUUGAAGGCCAGUUUGUCUGUAGAAAUGACUCACAUAGUAGGGUUCCCAUGCAGGUACAUUGUGGGGGAAAAUGGAAGGUGUUAGCUGGCCUACAGGCUUACAGUUCCAUGGAUAGUAUCAGACAGUUUAUCCUUGAUGGGGGAAAGCAAAUUUGCAAGGACUUGAACUGAGUGAAGACUUGCAAAUGGGAAUGGAAUACAAAUAUGAACCUAUUUUUCUAGAAUGUGUAUCUCCCAACUGAAUAUUUACACUUGCCAACCAGAAAGCUGUUAAUACAGUGAUCUUUUGCUUCAGA